UCCAUCUUUAAGAGAAAAAAGGAAGUCAAGUGAUGAUUAUAAAAUGGAGGUGUGGCUGGAAGGUUACUGGUUAAAUGUCCACUAGAAGGGGACUCGGAGGUCAGUAACAUCAACGGUGAAGACUAGCCAAGUUCGAAACCUACGGUCUCUGGAGACCCUCACUCUAACCCUGGGUCUUGGUUCAACUUAGAUUAUGUCUGAAGUUUCUCACAUCAACAGUGAGGACAAACCCAUCCUGCUAAGUUUCUUCCAUGCUGACUACAAGUCCACAGAGUCCCUGGAUUCUGGUUGUGACAGUGGAGUCCAGUUUGUACCACAGGAUCCAGAGAUGACAUCAAUGAAGAUGGAAGACUGCUGUCAGACACUGGAGCUGAAUGUCAACAUUAAAGAUGAAGAUGAGGAGGAGGAGAUUGGGACGUCUGUUUAUCAUGGAGACCAUGUUAAAACAGUCUCUUCAUCCAGAGACCAAAAGCAGGAAGAUCACGAAGCAGAGAUGUCUCACCAAUGUCCACAUUGUGAGGAAAACUUCACAAAUAUAUCAACCUUACAAGUACAUCUAAAAGUACACACAGGAGAUAAGUCUUAUUACUGCUCUGACUGUGGGAAGAGUUUCACGACAUCAAGGAAUCUGACAGUUCAUCAUAGAGUGCAUACAGGAGAGAAGCCAUACUCAUGCUCUGACUGUGGAGAAAGUUUCUCUCAACAAAGUACUUUAAAAACGCACCAACGAAUACACACUGGAGAGAAGCCUUACUCUUGCUCUGACUGUGGGGAGCGUUUUGCUCAACAGGGCAGCUUAAUAUCUCACCAACGAAUGCAUACAGGAGAAAGGCCUUAUGCCUGCUUUGACUGUGGAAAGUGUUUCUCUCAGCAGAGCACAUUAAAAUCACACCAACGAAUACACACAGGAGAGAAGCCGUACUCUUGCUCUGACUGUGGAAAGCGCUUCAAAACAUCACAUGUUCUGACAGUCCAUCAGAGAGUUCACACAGGAGAAAAACCAUACUAUUGCUCUCAAUGUGGAAAGAGUUUCACAACAUCAAGCUAUCUAUUAGUUCAUCAGAGAGUUCACACAGGAGAGAAGCCUUACUCCUGCUCUGACUGUGGGAAGAGUUUCUCUAAACAGGGCAACUUGAAAACACACCAGCGAAUACACACAGGAGAGAAGCCUUACUCCUGCUCUUGCUGUGGGAAGAGUUUCUCUAAACAGGAUCACUUAAGAUCACACCAAAGAAUACAUACAGGAGAGAAGCCAUUCUCCUGCUCUGACUGUAGGGAGAGUUUCUCAGAAUUGGGAAACCUAAAAAGACACCAACAAAUACAUACAGGGGUGAAGCCUUACAACUGCUCUGACUGUGGGAAGGGUUUUUAUCAAUUGGGCAACCUCAAAUCACACCAAAGAAUACAUACAGGAGUGAAGCCUUACAACUGCUCUGACUGUGGGAAGGGUUUUUAUCAACUGGGCAACUUCAAAUCCCACCAACAAAGACAUACAGGAGAGAAAGAUUGUCACUCUUAUAUUGAUGGUGCAGUUUGUUUAAAUUGAUUUGACAACAAAUUACUUUACUUGCGGACUUUUGUGUUGUGUGUAAAUAUAUAUACCUAGUCAUCCAGACUAGAGAUCAUUGUGUUGUGGGUUUUGUGAUUGACUUGGGUCUGAACAGAUUUUUAUGUAAAAUAUAUUGUAUUAUGUUACCUGCAAACAUAUCUACAAUAUGUAAAAAUACAAAUAAAAGUCACAUUGACAUUAUGUAACAAUAUACAACGUUGUUAGGGGUGGAUUAUCCAUUUUAAAAGAACCAGCGUAUAUUGGACAACAGGUCUAAUGUAUUUGGUCAAGGCUAGUUGAUUGUGCAUGUGAUGGGAUUUAGUAGCCUAAAUAUUAAUAAUUUCAUAGUGAAAAAACAAUUACACAGACUUUUAGUCACAUUUUAGUAAUUUAUUGUCUAAAAUUAAAUAAUACACAUUUAGGCUACCUCUUACCUCCCAUCAUGUGCAGAAUAAAAAAGUAAGACUAAAGCUGAGGCAAUUAACACUGCAACAGUUCCUCCACAAAACAAAUCGCAUUUCCUAAAAUAGGACAACUAAGUCAGCAAAGAGCCACAUGGAAAUAUUCAGUGUAAAAACGAAAUGUCAUUCUCAGAUUUUGCGAAAUGUCAUUGAUUUGGAAAGAGGACAUUAUUACUCUGAGGCUAAUAAGGAAUAUUUUACAGGAAGCAAUCAUUGCCAUAUGGUGUGCUAGCAUAGGGUUAAAAGAUUUUAUGAUGAGACUGGCUACAAUAUAGUAUUCUAUAUCUUGACACUCAACCAUUUUAAUUGGCUGAAACUUAUAAUUGGCUGAAGUUGUCUAAACCUCCCUAAAUUACAAAAAUAAUAAUAAUAGUCAGGAUUUAUUGUGAAAUAAAAUUCUCCAAUUGGGGACCCUAUUUAUGAUCCUUGUUUAGGCACACCUGUGUGGUUCAUUUUGGUUUUUGUCUGUGUAUUGGAUAGCCCAUGUCACUGGUUGCUGCAUUUUUUAAA